AUGUGUACAUCUGCUGCAGAAAACCCUGACCGUCAAGUCUUGCCUACCAACGUUAAGCCCACUCAUUAUGAUUUGACUCUUCAACCCAACUUGAAGACCUUUGUCUUUUACGGUCAAGUCAAAGUCAACUUGAAUGUCAACCAAGAUACCAAAACAAUCACUCUUAAUACACGCGACAUCAAGAUCCAUUCUGCUGUAUUGUCCUCUGAAGGUCUCAAGACCGAAUCAAAACAAACUGCUACUGAAAUCACCUAUGAUGACAAGAAGGACUUGGCUACCAUGACGUUUGCUGAAUCUGUGCCUGCCAACACCAAGGCUGUAUUGGAUAUUGCAUUUGAGGGCGAAUUAAACGAUACCAUGGCUGGUUUCUACAGAUCUAGCUACAAGGAUGCUGAUGGCAAUACCCAAUACCUGGCUACUACUCAAUUUGAACCUACUGAUGCUCGCAGAGCUUUCCCUUGUUGGGAUGAACCCAGUCUCAAGGCUACCUUUGAUGUCACUUUGGUCGUUCCUUCUGAGCUCGUAGCUCUUUCAAACAUGGAUGUCAUUUCCGAAAAGCCCUAUCACGAUACUGGUAAGCUUACUGGCAAGACUGAGGGUAAGACUGAGGGUAAGACUGAGGGUAAGACUGAGGGUAAGACAGAAGGUAAAACUGAAGGCAAGACCGAGUCUUCUAGCCAAAGUCUCAAGGAAGUCAAGUACUCUACCACUCCUUUGAUGAGCACUUACCUUUUGGCCUUCUGUGUUGGUCCUUUUGAAUAUAUUGAAGCUUUUACUAGUGGUGAACACAACGGAAGACCUAUUCGUUCUCGUGUUUAUGCAUUGCCUGGCUCUGUUGAACAAGGCCGUCAUGCCUUGAAUGUCUGUAUUGCUGCCCUUGAAUACUUUGCUCAGGUCUUUGGCGAACCUUAUCCCCUCCCCAAGAUUGACAUGGUUGCUAUUCCUGAUUUUGAAGCUGGUGCUAUGGAGAACUGGGGUUUGAUCACUUACAGAACUGUUGCCUUACUGUUUGAUGAAAAGUCGUCUUCUAUUGUGUUCAAGAAGAGUACUGCUUAUACUGUCUGUCACGAAUUGGCUCAUCAAUGGUUUGGUAACUUGGUCACUAUGGAGUGGUGGGACCAUUUGUGGUUGAAUGAGGGUUUCGCAACUUGGGUCGGUUGGUUAGCUGUUGAUAACAUCUUCCCUGAAUGGGAUGUUUGGACUUCUUUUGUCAACGAAGACAUGCCCCGUGCUUUGAGUCUCGAUGCUCUCCGUUCUUCUCAUCCUAUCGAGGUCACUGUUAAUGAUCCUGCUGAAAUUCACCAAAUCUUCGAUGCCAUUUCAUACUACAAGGGUGCUAGUGUCAUUCGCAUGUUGAGCUCUUGGCUCGGUGUAGAAACCUUCUUGGCUGGUGUUAGACGCUACGUCCAUCGUCACAAGUUGAGCAAUGCCUCUACCAAUGAUCUCUGGAUCGCUUUGAGCGAGGAAGCCAAUGUGGAUGUAUCCAAGUUCAUGACUUUGUGGACCAAGCGUGUGGGUUACCCUGUUUUGACUGUCAAGAAGGAUGGCGACGAAUCCAUCAAUGUCACUCAAUCUCGUUAUCUCUCUACUGGCGAUUUGAAUGAAGAAGAGGAUGGUACUGUUUGGUGGGUUCCCCUUGGUGUCCUCUUGCCCGAGAAGAUCGAGCCUUACACUUUGACUGAAAAGUCUCAAAACUUUACAGUUCCUGCUGACGGGUUGUUCAAGAUCAAUGCUGGUCAAACCUCUGUUUAUCGUGUCAACUAUCCCAUUGAGACCAUUCGUGUUCUCGGUGAUGAAGUCAAGAAGGGCAAGGACGGUCUUUUGGCAAACACCUCUGAUCGUGUUGGCUUGAUUGCUGAUGCAGGCAACUUGUGUGUCAGUGGUGAGCAAACCACUGCUGCCUUCUUGGAACUCGCUCAAGCCUUUGUCAAUGAGGAAAACUACUUUGUCUGGUCUCAAUUGAGUACUCAUCUCAGCAAGAUCCUCAGUGUCUGGUAUGAGCAACCUGAAGAAACCCGCGAUGGUUUGAAGGCUCUUCGUCGCGCUUUGUUCGCCCCUAUUGCUCACAAGCUCGGCUGGGAGUUCGCUGAGAGUGAUGAUUACCUUACCAACAUUUUGCGUGUUCUUGCUCUGACUAACGCUGGUCGCUCAAACGAUGGCGAGACUGUAGAGGAAGCCAAGAAGCGUUUCUGGCAAUUCGUUGAAGGUAACACUGAUGCCCUUCAUCCUAACCUUCGUGGCCCUGUCUAUAACAUUGUCUUGGGUGCUGCUGAAAAUGAGGAGGAAGAAGAAAAGUUCUGGGAGCAAAUCCUCAAGAUCUACCGCGACGAAAACCUGCCUACCGAUCAAAGAUUGAUUGCCCUCAACUCUUUGGGUGGUGUCAAGAGCAAGGCCUUGAUUCAAAGAUACCUUGAUAUGUCCAUGGAUGAGAAGGAAGUCAGAGGCCAAGAUUCUCUCUAUGUCUUUGGUUCAUUGAACUCUAACCCUGAUGCUCGUGAUCUUCUCUGGAAGUUCUUUACCGAGAACUUUGACGUCUUGCACGCCAAGUUUGCCAAGUCUUUGAGCCUGUUUGGUUCUGCUAUUCGCUCUGCUGUGGGUGGAUUCGUUUCUCACGAUCGUAUUGCCGAAAUCGAAGCCUUCUUUGCUGACAAGGAUACCAAGGAAUACGCUCGUCCUCUUCAACAAGCUUUGGAAGGCAACAGAGUCAAUGCUAAAUGGGUUGAGAGAGAUCAUCAACUCGUCGCUGAUUGGAUCAAAGCCAACGAAAAGAACUUUGCUUAA